CGACAGACGACAGACGUCAGGCAGCGGGCCGCCCGACGCGCUGGAAUUCCACUCCGCCUCACGAUCUAGCUGCGUCCGUUGUCCACUGCCAGGCUGCGUUAGAGUGGAGACCGGGGGAGGGCAGCGUCGAGUGGCAGCUGAAGCCGAGAUGGGGGAGCAGGAGGUGGGCGCGUGGUUCUCGGGCCGCAGCGUGCUGGUGACGGGCGCCACGGGCUUCGUGGGCGGCGUGCUGCUCGAGAAGCUGCUCCGCGAGUGUCCCCGCCUCGCGGCCGCCCACCUGCUGGUGCGGCCCGGCGCCCAGGAGACGGCCGAGCAGCGCGUCGCGAGACUCCUCGACUCACCGCUGUUCUCGCAGCUGGAGGGCGACGAGUGGCGGCAGCGCGUCUUCGCGGUGCCUGGAGACGUGUCGCGGCCGCAGCUGGGGCUGCAGCUGCCUGCAGAGGCGGCGGCCCGCCUGCUGGACCAGGUGUCCGUCGUCUUCCACUGCGCCGCCUCCACCAGCCUGGCCGCCGGCCUGCGCCGCACCGUAACGGCCAACCUCGACUCCACACAGCACCUGCUCGACCUCUGCAAGCAGAUGCCCAACCUACAGGUGUUGGUGCACAUGUCGACGGCGUUCUGCAACUGCGUGGUGCGCGACGCGGUGGCAGAGCGCGUCUACCCCACCAGCCUGCCGCCGGAGCGCGUCCUGGAGCUCGUCCACGGCCUCACGGACGCAGAGCUGGAGGCCGCCACGCCCAGCCUGGUCGGCGGCCAUCCCAGCGCGUACACCUUCAGCAAGCAGCUGGCUGAGAACCUGCUGGUCGAGCGCCGGCCGCCUGGACUGAGACUCGUCAUCGUGCGGCCCUCCAUAGUUUGCGGGGCCGCGCGCGAGCCGGUGGCGGGCUGGAGCGGCGGCGCGGUGGGCGACGGCAGCAGCGCCGGCGCCUUCCUGGUGGGCGCCGCCCACGGCGUGUUCCGCGUCGCCGCCGCCGACCCCAGGCGCUUCGUCGACUUCGUGCCCUGCGACGUCGUCGCCGCGCUCGCCGUCGCUGCCGCUGCGCACGCGGAGGAGGGCGUGCAGGUGUACCACGCGACGUCGGGCGACCGGCGGCCGCUGCGCUGGGGCGAGUACGCGGCGCUGGUGCAGCGCGCCUGCAGGAGGGCGCCCAGCCGCCGGCUGGCGGCGCCGCCCACCACCUACUGCCGCGCCUGGCCGCCCACCGCCGCCCUCACCUUCCUCGUCACGCACCUGCUGCCCGCGCUGCUCCUGAACGCCCUGCGCUGCGACCGGGGGCUGCUGCAGGCGCAGCGGAAGUACUGGCGCGCCAUGUGGCGUGCGCGCUUCUUCUCGUGCCGGGACUGGUGUUUCCGGACUGGUGCCGCCGACAGGCUGCGUGCGCGCAUGUCGCCGGCCGACCUCCGUCGAUUUGCUGUCGACGUCGACUCUGCCGGAGUCGACUGGGAACGACUCUUCAGCGACUCAGCGCUCGCCGUGCGCCGCUACGCGCUGCGGGAGGACCCCGCCACCAUACCGGCCGCAAGGGCGCGCAUGCGCAGGCUGGAGGUGACCUUCUGGUUGGUGGCACUGUGCAUUGCAUCAGUGCCGCUACUGCUGUGCACAGACAUUGUAGUAGGUGCCAUCUGCUCGGUGCUGGUCAUCACAUUCCUGCUCUGGCUGUGACGUGAACCACCACCACCAGACAGUCAGCUCACCAGCAUCUGUCUCCUGCCUGGUACCUGCAUUCAUACCCACCGUUGAUACCAGCAUCGACAUGUCCAUGAAGUUUUGGUGAAUACUGUCUGUCAGCUGUCACUUUGGUAAUUGUGAAGUGUACUCAUGACAAAAGUUAUGCUUGUAUUUUGCCCAUCUGUAUUGUAAUGUAUUCUUAAUGGCUACAGUACAACCUGUUUUAUCUCCUUAAUAUUUGAAAGCUUGCAAUUUAUUGUUGUCGAAACAUUUCAACUGAAGGCCAGUGUCAUACGUGCACACUAGGGAAGAUGUUGGCUUAUAGCAACUUGUGUGUAUCUGACUGUGAUAAGGAGAUCGAAUAAUAGUAACAUUCCAGCCAAUAAAAAGUGGCACAAGGAACUGAGUGUUCUACUGGGAAGUAGACAGUGCCAGUUUAUGGCAUCAAAACAGAUAACGAGGUGGAUAUGUGCAGCUGAUGUAUGAAACAACUCAUUUCCUUAUGUUUCAUCAGUGCAUGUGGUGUUAAAGUAGGUCUUAAGGCUUAGCACGGAUGUUUCACAAUCUGCUAGUUUGUAAACAGCACAGACGCUCUCAAAGUCUCUCAGACAAUUGCUAAAGACUGGAUUCUUUAAUGCGGUUUGAAACCAUCCAUCAAGCUAUUUCACAUUAUCACACUUUACCAAUCUCUGUCCUUGAAGUGGGAUCCUGUUGCAACCACUAGGUCUCUGUUACAUACAAAUAACACUUCAGAUAUUUUGCUUGAAUUUUUUUAUUACUUGGUUGCAACCCUGUGCUCAGCUCCUAUUUCAAAAAUGUAAAGGUAACGUUUUUAUUUGGGAGGUGACAAAUAGCAGUUUGGGCAUCACAUGGUGAGAAACGUUGUGAUACAAAUUGCAGAUAUACUGAACUCUGUCGCAUAGUCUCUUCCAAGUAACAUAGCUUGUUUGUGUUGAGUGUUGUGUGUGCAAGGUAUUUUAGUGUCCGCGAGAAUACAUGGGGCUGCAUUUAGCUUCCGUGUUCUGUGGUAGCUAACUGUUAGAAUUGUAGUAAAAGGAUACAGAUUGUGUUAGAAUAUAGUACCGAAUCUUUUAUUAUAUGAAAAGGUACUGUAAACAACAGGCUAUUUAGGGACUGUACUGACCCUCCUUAGCUGUUUAUCGCCUCUCAUCAGCAACUAAUGCUGACAGCUUUCCUUCUCCCCCUUCCUCAUUCAUACUAGUGUAUUGACCAUGAGCUUGACCAUGACCCCUGCUCUGUUUCUCUCUCCCUCAUAAGUAACAUUUCUCUCGCUUAUCACCAGUGAAUUUACUGUCAUUGUGUACCACUGUACUAACUUUUAUUGUUGAUCUUACCUCUACCAUGUUUCUGAUCCAGUUUUGCUGGGACCACACAUUCUUGCUUUUCGCCACUGAAGGACUUCUAGUCCCUAUCCAGUAUAAUGGAUCUUAGGUCCUGUCCUGAACGCAGUUUGUUCAAUUCCCCACAGACCAGCAUUGUAUUCUGACUGAAUAAAAACCCUCUGUUUUAGCUGAGACUUGUCUACAACAUUUUGUACUAGUUCUUUAAACUGAUACUGUCAGGUUUGAAUACACGAUCCUCAGUGUGCCAUACCUUCAUUUAUCCUUUGUCUACAGAACAACAUUUUACAGGCAUGCUUAUUAUGACAAUUGAAGCAUGUGUACAAAUAAUGCUGUAUGGCACAUUUUGCAGUUUUUAGAAAAUUGACAAAUACUCAAGAGAAUUAUUUCAAUAUAAUAAUGUAACAGGAGAUAUGUAUUGUUUGUGCAUACAGUGUGUUGAAAAAACUUGGUUGUGCUUUUCAAAAUUGCGCUAAGCAUAGUUUUUUUUAAAUAAGUAAGUAUUAAAAUGGAAAAAAUCUGUAAAGCAAUGGAUGUAAAGCAUUAUUCCACAUCAGUCUGUACUCUGCUGUAAUGAUAAGGUUGUCUAGAAUCCAAAAGUUGUAAAUAAGAAACAAAACACAAAAUGAUAUAUAUUGUAAACUGAUUACUUUGGUCUUAAAAAAAGUAAUAGAACAUGAAGUUGUUAACAAAUGAGACACAA